AUUGUGGGAUUUUAGUAGCUUAUUGACGCGGUCACACUGUUAUCCCUACUGACGUGUCGGACUAACGCGUCGUAUGUCCGGCGAUAUACAACCUGUAAUUUUUUUGCCUUCGUGGAACUUACAGUGAAAAAUCUUUUUGCGACAAAGAAUUGAUCAUUUGUUGUUCUUAAGAAAGCGUAAAGCAAAUACCAAAUUGCAACCAUGGGCUUGGCCAGUAUGUUGCAAGUGGAUGAAAUGCUGGGCGACUUCAAUCGAAUGAACAAGCGUCAGUCACUGUACCAGGUGCUGAGCUUUGCGAUGAUUGUCUCCUCGGCGCUGAUGAUAUGGAAGGGAUUGAUGGUAGUGACCGGCAGCGAAUCCCCAAUUGUUGUUGUGCUGAGUGGCAGCAUGGAGCCGGCAUUUCAUCGCGGCGACCUCCUCUUCCUUACCAACUACAAGGAGGAGCCGGUGCGUGUGGGCGAGAUUGUGGUCUUCAAGGUGGAGGGACGCGACAUACCCAUUGUGCAUCGUGUCAUCAAACUGCACGAAAAGGAAGACGGCACCGUCAAGUUUCUGACAAAGGGCGACAACAACAACGUCGAUGACCGAGGACUGUAUGCGCCGGGCCAGCUGUGGCUCACUAAAAGAGAUAUUGUGGGUCGUGCCAGAGGGUUCCUGCCCUACGUGGGAAUCAUCACAAUUUUCAUGAACGAAUACCCGAAAGUUAAGUGGGCUAUACUUUCGAUUCUGGCAAUAUUCGUGCUGCUGCAUCGAGAAUAGUAGCACUCCGUACAUAAGCUAGUUACAAUUUAAGUAGGAUCUGCGGGCAAUGUGAUGCCAAGGAUGAAGAAGAUGUUGCACAAUCUCGAGCCUGUUUGCAUUUCAGUUGAUCUACGUGUAUCCAAUUUGAUGUGCAUUUUGUAAUUUGUUUUUAUAAGACACACCCCCCACACAAAGAAUAACAACACAUUAGGUUCAAAUUAAAAGAGUCCAGAGUUGAAUUUCAAUAAAAAAGAAUUUUUAAAUACGUA